UGCAGUCUUACACCAACUACUCCUACUGGUCUGGACCCGAUAUAUCAAACGUAACAGGCGAUGUAGUCGCGGUUUUAGACAGGGCGGGGAGCUUUGGGAUCAUGUAUGGGUCAUCAUCUGAUGGGGCGGUUUAUGUUUACAAAAGUGAUACUGAUGAGAAAGGGCUGUCUUCGUCGUGUGAAUCAGAUAGUUAGGCCAUUAGUUCUUCGAAGACUGAUACUCGAGAUGAAUGGGAAUUUGAGGCUGUAUCGUUGGGACGAUGAUGUGAACUGCACUCGCCAAUGGGUGCCUGAAUGGGCUGCAGUUUCUAACCCAUGUGAUAUUGCUGGGGUUUGCGGAAAUGGGGUGUGUAGCUUGGACAGAAGCAAGACUAAUGCCUCCUGUACAUGCCUGCCGGGGGCUUCUAAGGUGGGAGACAGCGGCCAGUGCUCAGAGAAUUCGUCGGUGUCAGCUGGGAAAUGUGAUAAUAAUCAUCGGAAUUCAACUGCUUCCAAGCUGAAGAUGUCUAUAGUACAGCAAACUAACUACUAUUACCCUGAAUCUUCGAUUAUAGCAAAUUAUAGUAACAUGUCCCAAUUGUCAAAGUGUGGGGAUGCUUGUUUAUCAGACUGUGAUUGUGUUGCUUCCGUGUAUGGGCCGAGUGAGGAAAAGCCUUACUGUUGGCUGCUGAACAGCUUGGAGUUCGGUGGAUUCGAGGACACGAGUUCGACGUUGUUUGUGAAGGUUGGGCCUAAUGGGUCACCUGAAGACAAAGCAACAGGAUCUGGGGAUUCAUCUGAUGGCCUCCGGGACAAGGUCUUGGUUCUUCCAAUUGUUCUCAGCAUGACUGUCCUUGUAGCACUCCUCUGCCUGUUGUUAUAUCACACUCUGUACAGAAGGAGGGCCUUGAAGAGAUCCCUGGAAAGCUCCUUGAGUGUGUCCGGUGCGCCAAUGAAUUUCAGUUACCGCAAUUUGCAGUCCAGAACCGGCAAUUUUUCGCAGUUGCUCGGCACAGGAGGGUUUGGGAGUGUAUACAAGGGAAGCCUUUCAGAUGAGGCAUUGGUUGCAGUGAAGAAGCUUGACAAGGUUUUGUCUCAUGGGGAGAAGGAAUUCAUAACUGAAGUGAACACCAUUGGCUCUAUGCAUCACAUGAACCUGGUUCGCCUAUGUGGCUACUGCUCGGAAGGCUCUCACCGGCUUCUGGUUUAUGAGUUCAUGAAAAAUGGUUCCUUGGACAAGUGGAUAUUCCCCUCAAAGCAUUGCCGGGACAGACUGCUAGAUUGGGGAACUCGUUUCCAUAUAGCCAUUGCUACUGCACAAGGGAUUGCUUAUUUUCAUGAGCAGUGCAGGAAUCGGAUAAUCCACUGCGAUAUCAAGCCUGAAAACAUACUUCUAGAUGAGAAUUUCUGUCCAAAAGUUUCAGACUUUGGACUAGCAAAGCUGAUGGGCAGAGAGCAUUCACAUGUUGUCACUAUGGUGAGAGGAACUAGGGGCUAUCUGGCUCCAGAAUGGGUUAGCAACCGGCCUAUUACUGUAAAAGCCGAUGUCUACAGUUACGGAAUGCUUCUCCUGGAGAUUGUUGGUGGCCGGAGAAACCUUGACAUGACCUUUGAUGCAGAAGACUUCUUCUAUCCUGGGUGGGCUUUUAAGGAAAUGAGUAAUGGGACGACAAGAAAAGUUGCAGACAGGCGACUGGAAGGGGCAGUGGAGGAAGAGGAGCUAGAAAGAGCAUUGAAAACUGGCUUUUGGUGCAUUCAAGAUGAGGUUUUCAUGAGGCCUUCAAUGGGGGAAGUGGUGAAGAUGUUGGAAGGAUCACUUGAAAUCAACACACCGCCAAUGCCACAGACAGUUCUGGAGCUCAUGGAGGAGGGCUUAGACAAUGUAUACAGAGCCAUGAAGAGAGAGUUCAACCAGUCCAGCUUCUUCACCAUCAAUAAUAGUACCCAUCCUUCAUCAAGGGCUACAUGUAGUUAUUCCACAAUGUCACCUAGAUAGCAAAGGAGAAAUGGAACAAAUUUUGUUGUUGUCCCGGAAUUUUAUCACCUUGAUAGAUACUGUCCAGAAACAUAAUUCUUAUUGAUCAAUUGUUACCAUACAUACUAAUGGGCAAUGAAAUUAGUAGAGAACUUUGCAUAGGUUGAGGUACGAAAAUCUCGGUCUUUUAAAGGAGAUUUAAGCCA